AGGGAUCACUGAGAAGAAGAAGAAGAAGAAGUCGAGACUCUGGAAGAAGAAGAUCUGUGGACAGACGAAGGGAGAGAAGCAAGAAGGGAGGAAACGAUUGCAGUUUGGAAAAGGCUGAAGAUGGUGUGUCUACGGUGGAUGCUGAUGGUGGUGACGGUGUACGUAUGCGUGCCUGGGUGUGGGUCAGUGUGCUGGAACAGCUCCAUCUGCAACAACCUGAGCACCGAAAGAAGGCUCCUGGACUGCAUUCACCUGUGCAUGCCCAAAGUCCGUGCUGAACUAGCAGAGCAAAGUGCACUGGCCGUGAAGACGUCUGAAGACGAAGAUGUUGACGACGACUACUUAGUCGGCAUAAUAUUGGCCACCCUGGCCUCCUCCGAAGACAAGAUAACAGACUCCGGCCUUCAAGCCCGUGGUGACGACCGACGCUCCUAUUCAAUGGAGCAUUUCCGCUGGGGGAAACCGUCGGGCCGCAAACGCCGGCCUGUCAAAGUCUUCGCUUCUUCUCUGGAGGGAGGCGGCUCCGGCGAGGACAGUUUUCUCCCACAGAUUCGCAGGCAGUUGCGCAGCUACGUGGAUGCGGCAAAAGGGGGACAGCAAAGCCAGAGGUCAAAGGUCAACUCCAAGUCGCAAGUCCUGCUGAGCCCGCAGGACGGGAGCUACCGCAUGGGUCACUUUAGAUGGGGGAACCCGCCCGCCUCUAAACGUAGCGCCAGCUUUAUGAAGCAGUUAGAGGCGAAACCUAAGGGGCAGCUGGCCUCACUCUUCAGGAACAUUAUGUUGAAGGAUGUGCAGCAGAGAAUACUGGAAUGAAUGGGUGGAGAAGGAAGGCAGUGGGGUAGCUGUAGAAGUCUUUGCAUGUUAAUGUUUUAAUUUAUUUUACUAUUGUUGCUGUCUCCUCUUGCAUGUUUUUCAAAUGUCUUGUCUGGGCCAAAGGUUUGUCCCAUUAAAACCUCAAAUAAAGCUAAAAAAAAAAAAA